AUGCUAGUAAAUAGCUUGAUUGAUCAAUAUUUGAAUACGCAGGAUGCUGACCUAAAAUACAUGGCUCUCCGCCAGGAUAUAAGGAUUGAAAGCGUUGAAGAUUUGCAACUUUUGGUUGGCAAAGUGUUGUUGCCGAUUUUAACCACAGAAUGCAACAGUGAAAUUGUUAAUUUAGUCUCAUUUCAAGUCUUCCCAGGCGCUGUCUCAAAGUUGGUAACAAGUGGGAACUUGACGAAGAACGAAACACAAAGUUCCUGGUUUGAUAACGUUGUUGUUUUACCAUUAAUCCAAAAUACCGAAAAUAACAGGAGCAAUUUCGCAAGGCAAACGUUAAGAAACAUUCUUAAGACCAUCCUAGAAAUGAAAUUGAAUGAAUUAAAAUAUUGUAAUGAUGAGAAAUCGAUUGAAAUUUUGCUAAAGCACAUGGAAAAGAUAGAGAACUCUCACGAUAUCGGUAUGAACUACCUUAUUGUUUGGGAAAUUUUGAAUCUUUUGAUUCAGUUAUACUAUAACAAUGGUGCAAACAUGUGCAAACAGGUUUUCGUCAGCAUAUUAAAAUUAUGCUCUGGCGAAGGAGAUUUGACAGAAACGAUGAAAUAUGUCUUGGAAAACAGUAUGAAAGUUGUGGAACGUCGUACGUUAUACGAUGAAGAUGUCAUGUUUCUUCUGCAGAAUAAGAAUAUAUUGGAAAUCGUUUCAAGUGUGUGGUACCAGCUGAGUUUUAUUGUCUCGGACAUCUUCGAGAACAAUAUCCUUCCCUUUUUACAGCUCCCGGAUGAUCUAAGAGAUGAGCAGAAGGAAGAAAUCAUACUCAAGGUACUACAAUCAGUCUACUGUCUGCAUGAGUUUUAUUCGACACCUCGAAUUUCUACUGGGACUACGUAUUUAGCGCCUGAAAUAACAGAAUGUUUGCAAAAGUCAUUGCUCGAAAUCAAAUCAGAUAUGGCAUCCAUCAUAGCUGAAAAUUUUAGCAUAAGGGAGGCGCCAACGGUCGAAAUAGAGACUCAACCCGAAUGCGCAGUGGACGAAGAUCCGAAUCAGGCGGCGUAUCUAGAGGAGCUUCAAGAUGACGAGGAAAGAUUUGAGUUCGAAGAAGAUGACAAUGUAGAGCCACCGCAGGAUACAAUUCAUGAACGUGUAAUAGACCUUUGUGAGACGAUAUUAGACUGCUUAAAUUCACCUAGCCGUGUUGAAACACUAUGUCAAGAGUCAGGAAACGAGCCCGAACCUGAACCAGCUUCUCUGGAGGCUGCGUUCCGUACGCUAAGUACAUCCAGCUCGCUCUCAGGUUUCCAAAUGGCUGUUGAGCUGCUCAAUCAAACAAUGUACACCGCCGAGAAGUUUAACUCUUCCAAAACCUGCAAAUUGCUUAUCCCACACAUGAAGCAGAAUAAAAACUUCUUCCGUACUAUAAAAGUGGGCAAUAUGACUCAAACCAUUGACGAAGGUCUCACACUGAGAACAAUGGUGUACUCUACUCUUCUACAAAUUAUCGCCCGCGAAGAGCGCAAAAACUCCAUCGACUACAUAGUGACGUGCAAUAUCAUUAAAGAAACCGUAACUCGUGGCAUUAAAGAUUCUGACUACACAAUAAACGAUAUAUCCUUGAAGAUCUUGCAACUUCUUCUCCCAAAAACUUACAACAGGAUUCUCGGAUUAGACUCCGAAUGGUACAAUGAAACAAUCCACCAAAAAGCUAUUACAAACAUCAAGAAAGCAUACAGCAGGCUGGAAACAUUAUCAGCCACUGAAGACACAUCCAGCAGCAUCUCUGUCAUCCAUCAAUUUGAAUCACUGUUUUCAAGCAGUUACCCAGCUAUGAAGUGA